AUGUAUCUCCGCGCAAUCCACGCAGAAACAUCGAUCAAGGCUCUCUUUGAGCUGAUCCAACAGAACCCCCUAGGAGUACUCACCACCGCGAUCCCAUCCACCACGCAACACUUCAUCCAGUCCAGUCAUAUCCCAUGGGUGCUGGACAUUAUCUCCGAUGACCCGGAUGCGCCGGUGAAAGGUCGGCUGCGCGGCCAUAUGGCCCGCCAGAACCCGCACAGCAAGACAUUCAUUGAAGCUCUGGACGCCGCGGGCCUACCCUCUGCGUCACCACUGCAGCAAGAAGUCCAAGUGCUCUUCACGACCAACACGCACCACUAUGUGACUCCCAAGUUCUACACCGAGACCAAGCCCGCCACGGCAAAGGUCGUCCCCACCUGGAACUACGCCGCUGUGCAGGCCUAUGGUAAGGCUAAGAUCUAUCACGACAGUUCCGCCCCCGAGACCUCGGAGUAUCUCCAGAAGCAGAUUCAGGAUCUCUCGGAGCUUAGUGAAACGUCCAUCAUGGGCUACACAGGCGAGGGAGACCGGCCGGACUCGUGGAAGGUGUCCGAGGCCCCUGAGCGGUAUAUUGAGAUCAUGAAGAAGAACAUCAUUGGUAUUGAGAUCACCAUUGAGGACAUCGGGGGCAAGUUCAAGAUGAGCCAGGAGUCCACCAAGGGAGACCGCGACGGUGUGAUUCAGGGAUUCGAGAAUCUUGGCACAGAGCUUGGCCGCGACAUGGCUGCAUUGGUUCGCGAACGGGGGGAGAUGAAGGAUGCAGCCAAGAAAUAA